CGAGUGUUUUUGCGCAGGACAACGAAGGAAGCUCGUGUGGUAAAUUUUCGCGGCCUUCGGAGUGUCGGGCUCAUGCACCCGGACCAGGAAUAAACACGACCAACUUCUGACAACCGAAAAAAGACUGGGCCGAAACAGCCAACGACAAUCCCUGGAAGGUUAAAUGGUGCUGCAGAGGCACAUCACUUCGAAAGUAUGUAAAGAAGAGAAGAGAGUGUUUUUCUCUGUUAUCCACCUGAGACUAUGGCUUAUUCAAAUUACAGCAGCUUAAACCGUGCUCAGCUCACCUUUGAGUACCUGCACACUAACUCGACAACACAUGAGUUUCUUUUCGGAGCUUUGGCUGAGCUUGUAGACAAUUCAAGAGAUGCAAAUGCUACAAGGAUUGACAUAUAUACGGAGAAAAGACCAGACCUUCGAGGAGGCUUCAUGCUUUGUUUCUUGGACGAUGGAACUGGCAUGGACCCAAGUGAGGCAACACAUGUCAUUCAGUUUGGCAAAUCCAGCAAAAGGUUUCCUGAGUCCACCCAUAUUGGCCAGUAUGGAAAUGGCCUUAAGUCUGGCUCAAUGCGUAUUGGCAAAGACUUCAUCCUGUUCACGAAGAAAGAUGACAAAUUAACAUGUUUAUUUUUGUCCCGAACGUUUCAUGAAGAGGAAGGGCUGGAUGAGGUUAUAGUUCCAUUGCCCAGUUGGGAUCUGAAGACCCAGCAGCCUCUUACUCAAGACCCAGAGAAAUAUGCGAUUGAGACAGAGCUCAUUUUCAAAUACUCGCCUUUCAAGAGCGAAGAGCAGCUCUUCCAGCAGUUCAAAAAAAUUGAGGGAGCCAGUGGGACACUGGUUGUCGUUUAUAAUCUGAAACUUAUGGACAACAGAGAGCCCGAGUUGGACGUGCAGACAGAUCACCAAGACAUCCUGAUGGCAGGGACACCUGUAGAGGGAGUGAAGCCUGAAAGACGGUCAUUCCGUGCCUAUGCAGCUGUUCUGUACAUCGAUCCUAGGAUGAGAAUCUUUAUUCAGGGACACAAAGUCAGGACCAAGAGGCUCUCCUGCUGCUUAUAUAAUCCUAGGAUGUAUAAAUACACAUCAACACGCUUUAAAACACGUGCAGAGCAAGAAGUGAAGAAAGCUGAUCAUCUUGCAAAACUUGUGGAGGAGAAGGCCAGAGAAGCAGAGAGUAAAGCUCGCGCUCUGGAAUUAAAACUGGGAAAUGAUUUAUCUAAAGAGGCCAGGGCUGCGUUGAGAAAAGCACAAGAUUCAGCUACAGCACUGCGUGCAGAAGCUAAUCGAAAACAAGCCAUUCAUGCGUCUAAACAAAAGGCACUGAAGGAGCCCAAAGAGCUGAAUUUCAUCUUUGGUGUGAACAUUGAAAGGCGCGACCAAGAUGGCAUGUUUAUCUAUAACUGUAGUCGACUCAUUAAGAUGUACGAGAAGACCGGGCCACAACUGGAUGGGGGAAUGGCAUGUGGAGGAGUAGUAGGGGUGGUAGAUGUUCCCUAUCUUGUAUUAGAGCCAACACAUAAUAAGCAAGAUUUUGCAGAUGCAAAAGAGUACAGACAUUUACUCAGAGCUAUGGGAGAAUAUCUUGCCCAAUACUGGAAGGAUAUUGGUAUAGCUCAGAAAGGCAUAGUGAAGUUCUGGGAUGAGUUUGGCUACCUGUCAGCCAACUGGAAUGCUUCGCCUUCAAAUGAUCUCAGGUUCCGCCGGCGCAGAGCCAUGGAGAUUCCUGUGACGAUACAGUGUGAUAAAUGUCUGAAGUGGCGUACAUUGCCGUUUCAGAUGGAUGCUGUGGAUAAGCGUUACCCAGAUAGCUGGGUUUGUCUCAUGAACCCUGAUGGAACGCAGGAUAGGUGUGAUGCCCCUGAACAGAAGCAAAAUUUACCAGUUGGUGUUUUGAAGAAAGACACCAAAACUUCAGAAGACAAACAAAAAGAGCUCUCUGAAAAAAUUCGCCAGCAACAGGAGAAAUUGGAGGCUCUACAGAAAACCACAACAGUUAAGUCGGCAGCAGAUGUAAAACGGCUCCCACUAGAUGUCAGUGCGAAGACUGCAGAGGAACGUACAUCUCAGACUGCUAUUCGGUCGUCGCAGCGUUCAGCGGCUCGUCCUCGUUCACCCCCUCUUCCCGCUGUGGUCAAAAAUGCUGUCAGUCACUCACCUGCAGCUAAAUCUCCACCUCCAAAAUCUACAGGACCUUCACGUCCUAGUAGAACUCCACCAGCUGCUACCACUCCAGCCAAAGCCAAAUCAGCCUCCACCCCGCCCUCCAAGUCAGCAAAAGCCACCACUAAAACCGUGCACACACCUCCACCUUCAAAAGCAUCGGCUCGCAGGAGCGUAACUCAAACACGUAGUACAACACCAUCCUCUACAAAGACGACCAGGCAAACAUCAGCCAGCAAGAGAGGAAGUGCCAAGAAGGGUAAAGCACAAAAAGAAGAUGAAGAGGAAGAAAGUGAAGAGGAGGAGGAGGACGAUGAGCAGGAAGAGGAGGAAGAAGAACAAGAGAGUGAAGAGGAAGAAGAGCCACAACCCAAGAAAUCCAAACUGGCAGCACCUUCUCAGCCUCGUGGCAAGGGAACAGUAGAGAAGAAGGUCCUGCCAACCAAACAAGCUAAUAGCACAGAGAGAAUCAGCAAUAGCACAGAAGAAGAUUUAAAACAAGAUGCACUGAAAAAUGCCCAUAAAGAUAAAGGCUUACAGGUGGAGGCAAAGGUUAAUGGAGAAUGGUUCACUGGCCGGGUGACUGCAGUAGAAACAGGGAAAGAGAGUGUGCGCUGGAAAGUAAAGUUUGAUUACGUACCCAUGAACACUCCACGAGACCGCUGGGUGUUUAAAGGCAGCGAGGAUGUCCGCCUUAUGCGGCCUGCCUCACCAGAGUCACGUAGUCCAGACACCAAUCAGGGCCCAGCACGGUCUGUGACUCCACCCACCGCAGCAGAGCCUGAUACGACCCAGAGCGGCCCGAGCAGAGAAACGACAGAAGGCCUUGUCACUAUGAUGAGGACAUUGCUGCGGUACUUUUUCCCGCCUGAUUUCCGAAUCCCAAAAGAUUCUGUCAACACUAUGAGUGCUGAAGACCUUGUGGCUUUCCCCAUUAAAGAGUAUUUUCAGCAAUAUGAGGCAGGGCUGCAGAAGCUGUGUAACUCAUACCAGAGCCGUGCUGAGUCUCGAGCUCGGGCCGUGGAGGAAAAGAGCAACGGCGCAGAGGCUAAACUCAGAGAGUCUGAAGAAAAACUGCGCAAACUCAGAACAAAUAUAGUCGCACUGCUGCAGAAAGUCCAGGAGGAUAUUGAGAUCAGCAGCGAUGAUGAGCUGGAUGCCUACAUAGAGGACCUGGUCACUAAGGGCGAGUGAAACACUCCAGAGCUUUCUACAUCUCUCCCUGUUUUCCUUUGUUUGUAGGUUCUCUCAAAAUCUGAUUUCCUCUUUGUUCAUCCACAUUGUUGAUUUAUUUUAUAAGUUCUGUUGACUGAUGAGAAGUCACAACAUUUCCGUUAUGCCUCCCACUUCCAGCCUGAAGCUAGAGAUGUACAGGCAGUAUUUUCUCACAACGUACACCCGGCACCUUCACACGGUUCCUUCCCCUAGCUGAUGAAUUUAAUGAUGCAUAUAUUGUGAGCUUUGACCAAAGGAGCUUAUAUGCUUCACAUCUUCUACAUAACACAAACACUAGCCUCUUUGUUUUUCUCUUCAUUUGGAUAUACAUAUCUGAGUCAUUGAGUAUUUCAUUCCCAGCUCCGAAAAGAUCUGCCGUGUAUCAGUAUGAGCUUGCAGCAUUAAGGAGAAAAAAAAAACUACUGUUAUGAAGAAAUCUGUUUGGAAACUUAAUUACUGUAACUUUUAAGUUCAAUCCCUGCUAGCUGUUUUUUUUUUUUCUUUCUUUCUUUUUCCUGUAGGUUCCCUGUGUUUUGCAAGCAUUAGCAUGGGGUCCAGGACUGUUUAUUUUCUUUUUUCUGAAUAAGUGCAGAUGGUUUACCCCAUGGUUCACAACAUUUAGUCCACGUCUUUAUAUAAGUAUAUUUUUUAAACACUUUUAAGAAAAUGUUCCAAUAAAAGUUAGGAUGUUUAUGAA